GCAGACCGGGGGGACCCGCCGGACAGGACGAGUGGCCCCGGGAGGAGCUCUGCUGCGGGGGGCCGGGUAGAAGGAGACGACGGAGAGGAGCCCGGGACCUUCGCCAGCCCGAGACCCGGGAAGCCAGGCGGCCGGCCGAGAUUCCCUGAAAGAACGGUAACCAACACCUGGGAUCCAUCACCAUGCCCUCCGACUUGGCCAAGAAAAAGGCAGCCAAAAAGAAGGAAGCUGCCAAAGCCCGACAGCGGCCCAGAAAGGGACAUGAGGAAAACGGAGAAGCUAUCACCGAACCGCAGGUGGCGGAGGAGAAAAAUGAGGCCAAUGGCCGAGAGACCACAGAAGUGGAUUUGCUGACCAAGGAGCUAGAGGACUUUGAGAUGAAGAAAGCUGCUGCUCGAGCUGUAACUGGCGUUCUGGCCUCUCACCCCAACAGCACUGACGUCCACAUUAUCAACCUCUCACUCACCUUUCAUGGUCAAGAGCUGCUCAGUGACACCAAACUGGAAUUAAACUCAGGCCGUCGUUAUGGCCUUAUUGGCUUAAAUGGAAUUGGAAAGUCCAUGCUGCUCUCUGCUAUCGGGAAACGUGAAGUGCCCAUUCCCGAGCACAUUGACAUCUACCAUCUGACUCGUGAAAUGCCACCUAGUGACAAGACACCCUUGCAGUGUGUGAUGGAAGUGGACACAGAGCGGGCCAUGCUGGAGAGGGAGGCUGAGCGUUUGGCUCAUGAGGAUGCGGAGUGUGAGAAGCUCAUGGAACUCUACGAACGACUGGAGGAGCUGGAUGCCGACAAGGCUGAAAUGAGGGCCUCUCGAAUCUUACAUGGACUGGGUUUCACACCUGCCAUGCAACGCAAGAAGCUGAAAGACUUCAGUGGGGGCUGGAGGAUGAGAGUUGCCCUGGCUAGAGCCCUCUUUAUUCGGCCCUUCAUGCUGCUCCUGGAUGAACCCACCAACCACCUGGACCUAGACGCUUGUGUGUGGUUGGAAGAGGAACUAAAGACUUUCAAGCGCAUCCUGGUCCUUGUGUCCCAUUCCCAGGAUUUCCUGAAUGGGGUCUGCACCAAUAUCAUCCACAUGCACAACAAGAAACUGAAAUACUACACGGGUAAUUAUGAUCAGUAUGUGAAGACUCGGCUGGAGCUGGAGGAGAACCAGAUGAAGAGGUUUCACUGGGAACAGGAUCAGAUUGCACACAUGAAGAACUACAUUGCCAGGUUUGGCCAUGGCAGUGCCAAGCUGGCCCGGCAAGCUCAGAGCAAAGAGAAAACACUACAGAAAAUGAUGGCAUCAGGACUGACAGAAAGGGUUGUGAGCGACAAGACGCUGUCGUUUUAUUUCCCACCAUGUGGCAAGAUCCCACCACCAGUUAUUAUGGUGCAAAAUGUGAGCUUUAAGUAUACAAAAGAUGGGCCUUGCAUCUACAACAAUCUGGAAUUUGGUAUUGACCUGGACACAAGAGUAGCUCUGGUGGGACCCAACGGUGCAGGAAAGUCCACUCUUUUGAAGCUGCUGACUGGAGAGCUGCUGCCCACAGAUGGAAUGAUCCGGAAGCACUCCCAUGUCAAGAUAGGGCGUUACCAUCAGCACUUACAGGAGCAGCUGGACUUGGACCUGUCGCCUUUGGAGUACAUGAUGAAGUGCUACCCAGAGAUCAAGGAGAAGGAAGAGAUGAGGAAGAUCAUUGGGAGAUACGGCCUCACUGGGAAGCAGCAGGUGAGUCCGAUCCGGAAUCUGUCAGAUGGGCAGAAGUGCCGCGUGUGUCUGGCCUGGCUGGCCUGGCAGAACCCCCACAUGCUCUUUCUGGACGAGCCUACCAACCACCUGGACAUCGAGACCAUUGAUGCUCUGGCAGAUGCCAUCAAUGAGUUCGAGGGCGGUAUGAUGCUAGUCAGCCAUGACUUCAGACUCAUUCAGCAGGUUGCACAGGAAAUUUGGGUCUGUGAGAAGCAGACAAUCACCAAGUGGCCUGGAGACAUCCUGGCCUACAAGGAGCACCUCAAGUCCAAGUUGGUAGAUGAGGAGCCCCAGCUCACCAAGAGGACCCACAAUGUGUGAGCCCUCCUCAGCCAGGCUUGAGUCAGGAAUGUCACCUGGAGACUGCCAGCUGCCGCCUGACCAGCUGCUCAGGACAGAACCCUGGGGCUACAUCCCCGCAUUGCUGCAGUACUGUCCCCAGCCUCUCCUGCCUCAGCCUGCCUUCACUGCAUCCACCUCCAGCUGGACAGCACCUGUCCAUUUCCCACCCUCCUUCUACUUGGGUCUGUCUAUGUCUGGAUUUGGCUGGCUGCUUUUUCCAGCCCUUUGGCUGGUUACCUUGUCCUGAGAGAUGCAGCCAUGGGUAUCCGGGUUAACCCAAGGGCCCAAGCCUGGUUUGGACUGUGAAGGAUUCAAGAGCCUCCUUUUGUGGGUUUUGGUGAUGUUGGAAGACUACCCCAGCCCACCACCCCUGUUCCUUAGUGCUUCUGUUUUGGAGCUCUGGGCUAGGGCCUCAGUCCUGCUCAGUUUUUAAAUAAUUAUUUAACAGUGUAACUUUUAGACCUGUGUGACAUCUACAAAGUCCAAUAAAGAGGAAGCCACAGUC